AUGGAGUGUCUGCUAGACUGGAAUAUCGAUGGUAAAGUAUCCACUCUUACUGUAGAUAAUUGUUCCACUAAUGAUCUUAUGAUCCAACUUCUCCUAGAAAAAUUAUCAAGUAACUUACUGUCGGGUGGAGAUAUUUUUCAUAUGCGUUGUUGUGCACACAUAUUAGCUCUUAUAGUCAAGAAAGGAUUAGAGGGGAUCAAAGGAGCAAUCGAAUUGAUUCGUAAUAGUGUUGCUUACUGGAAAGCAACACCAAAACGAGUUGAGAAAUUUGAAGAGGCCGCCCGUCAACUAAAUAUUUCGAGUAUAAAUAAGUUAGUUCUUGAUUGUGAGACAAGAUGGAACUCAACAUACCUGAUGCUUAAUACUGCUAUUAAGUAUCAGAAUGUUUUUGCUCGACUAAAGCAACGUGAGACACAGUAUGAUUGUUUGCCAGAUGAUGAAGAUUGGUUGUUGGCAAAGGAAAUGUGCGACAAACUUAAGAUAUUCUAUACCUUCACAGAGAAUUUUUACGGAGUAAAAUAUCCUACCACCAACCUUUUCUUUCCAAAUUUUUGUGAUAUUAGAUUGUCAUUAAAUGAGUGGAAUAAAUCUAAAGUUGGUGUGAUUAAGGAAAUGGCAUAUGAAAUGAUAGAGAAGUUUGAAAUGUAUUGGUUUGUGAUCAAUGGAGGUCAAGCUUUUUCAAAAAUCGAAAUUGAUCGAGUACGCGAUUUAUGCGUUGAUUUGGCGACGGAGUAUGAACUGAAAGUAAAAUUUGCUGAAACAUCUGUUAGCCAAAAUGAUUUGUCUUUCACUUCAGAGAUGCAUGGUUUUAACGAUGACGUAGAUCCUUUGGAAAAGUUUGAUAUGUUUGUCUCUAAUACUGCUCCUACUAGUACUGUUAAGUCAGAAUUAACCAAUUACUUAGAAGAAGAUCUUUUACCUAGGAUUGUACCGGAGGUAGAUUUGUGA